GGGAAAAGGAGGAUGACGACCGAGUGUAUCGUCAAUUCAUUUCAAUGAUGUGGAUAUCUCGGGUUUGUUGGCUCUACUCCACUAUUAGCGCCCUGCUCUUCGACCGCUCUUGACUGAGGUUUCUCUCUCUCAACGGCUAAUAUGAGGGGCGAGUUCAACAUUGAGGACGAGCUGCAAAACAGCAUCACUCGCGAGUUCAAGCAGAACGAUUGGAAAGCGCUUAUCGAACUCCGGGACCAGCUACCCCAUAUUCUCGAGGAGGCAUUCCCAAACGAAGAGAAGGUCGGACUACUGCCUUUCAACAUAUGGGGCGUGACGACCGAUCCCCUCGAACCGAGUGCAAAGGCUAGCGUCGUGCUUAUGCACUUUCUUCGCAAGAGGAAAGUCAACGUGAAGGCUGCAGGAAAAUUGCUGGUGGAGACACUGCGCUGGCGUGCGGAAGUACGGCCGGAGGAGAUCGCCAAGGAAGAAUUCGACGAGUUGUCUUUCGGGAAGAUCGGAAAUCUCUUCGGGAAAGACAAUCAAGGACGACCUGUGCUUUAUAUGAGAAUGGGGCGGGACGCAGAGUUGAUGAAGGUCUAUGAUGAUCCGGCCAAAUACGUAAGAUGGCGGAUUGGUUUGAUGGAGAGGACAUGUCUGGCAGUGGACUACGAGACAACUCACCAGGUAGUGAGUGUCAUGGACUUCCGUAAUUUUCGUACAGACAAUCAUCCGGGUAAGAAGAAGGUCGAAGAAGAGAUCCAAAAGAUCCUGCCAUUCUACCCUGGGAUGGGAUGCGAACUAUUCCUCCUGUAUACUGUGACUCCAACAUUAUUGAAAGUAUUAUUCUGGGUCAUCUUGCGACCUUGGACGACUGCGGUCAAGCAUAUGCACGUUUUAGGGGACAGUCCCAGCGCCAUAGCUGCCGGAAUGCUGCCUUUCAUUCCGGCAUCCGAGUUGCCUAAGCCGUACGGGGGAACUGCCGAGCCGAAAUGGUGCACUGGCCCAGGUUGGGAGGUUGGUAGCCGUCCGUAGUAUUGAUUUGGCCGGCAGAGACCGGAGUGUGCAGUCGCUGGUAUCCAAAUAUGAAUAGGCCUAUGGCGUCGAUGUAGUCAUCCCUUAUG